AUGUCUUCGAUCGACCUGAAUGGUAUUGAGCCGUUCAACGCAAAUGGUGACCCAGGUCAUUUACAGCAGGAAUGGAAGCGAUGGCUUCGUAGUUUCGAUUUAUUUGCCACUGGCAAGGGUGUAACAGACAAGAAACAGUUGAAAGCGUUAUUACUACACUGUGCAGGGGUACCAGUUCAAGACAUCUAUUUCACGCUAACAGAGGCGGAGGGAGGUGAUGAGUAUGCUGUAGCGGUAGCCACACUGAGUAAACAUUUUGAAACAAAAAUAAACGUGCCAUACGAACGGUAUGUAUUUCGGUCAAUGUGUCAGGAAGACGAGUCUAUCGAACAAUUCAUCACCAGACUCAGAAGACAAGCAGUUCUUUGUGAAUUUGGGAACAUUGAGGAACAAAUAAGGGAUCAAAUAAUAGAAAAAUGUAAAUCUCAUAAACUUAGAACCAAAUGUCUGGAAAAGGGGAAGGAAUUGACACUUGAUCAAUUACGCACAAUCGCGGCUACAAUGGAAAUGGCAGAUGUCCAGGCUAAGAAAAUGGAGUCUCCUCUAAGCUCAGUCAAUCAGAUAAACUUUGUGAAACAAAAGGACACAAAACGGUCAACAAGUAGUAGCACAAAGGCUUUAUGUUUUCGAUGUGGACGUGAAGGUCAUUUCGCGAAAGAUUCAGGCUGUCCAGCGAAAAACAAAAAGUGCAAUAAGUGUGGUAAGAUGGGGCAUUUUCGUGCAUGCUGUAAAACAAAGGAACCACGUUGUCUAAAGGCAGAGAGGUCAACAUUGUCAAAGGUCAAAGGUAAAGUGAACUGUGUAGAGUCAGAGGCAGAGUAUGCAUUUAGUGUACAACACACAGAUGCAGACAGACUUUCGUUCAUGGUUGGUGGUCACAAAGUUGAUAUGGUUGUGGAUAGUGGAGCGACAGUCAAUAUCAUUGACAAGCCUACAUGGGAGGACUUAAAGAAAAGAAAGAUUGUGUGUCGUUCAGAGAAAACUGACAAACGGCUGUAUUCAUAUGGAGCAGAUAAACCUUUAUCGUUACUUGGCAAAUUUAUUACUACGGUGUCUGUUGACGGAAGUGAUGAUGAAAUUGAGGCUGCCUUUUAUGUACUUGAUGGCACAGGUUCGGCUUUAUUAGGGAGGGCUACGGCAGUAGAUCUCGGAGUGCUGAAAAUUGGAGUCUACUCAGUCCAUGAUGAUAUAUUGGAUAAGUACAAGUCAUGUUUUGGAGGAAUUGGGAAGCUGAAUGACUUCAAAUUGAAGCUUCAUAUUGAUCCAUCUGUAAAACCGGUGGCACAACCUAUGUAUAGGAUUCCUUACAGUCUACGAGAGAAAGUCGGUGCUAAACUUGAUGAACUUGAGGAUCAGGACAUUAUCGAGAAGGUGAAUGACCCAACCCCGUGGGUUAGCCCGGUAAUAGUUGUCCCAAAACCUAAUGGCGAUAUCAGGAUAUGUGUGGAUAUGAGACAGGCUAAUCAAGCUAUAGUCCGUGAGAGACACCCAAUACCCACUGUGGACGAGAUACUGUACAAUAUGAAUGGGAGUACAGUGUUCAGCAAAUUAGAUAUGAAGUAUGGAUAUCACCAGAUAGAAUUAGAAGAUUCAUCAAGGGAGAUAACUACAUUUGUGACGCAUCAAGGAUUAUACAGGGAUAAACAUGAACAUGAUCAAAGGCUAGAGAAAGCAUUGUGUAGACUGCAGGAAAAGAACUUAACUCUGAACAAGGAGAAAUGCGAGUGGGGAAUGGACAAGAUCACAUUUAUGGGUCAUGUAUUGUCAAAAAAUGGAAUCGCGCCGACAUCCGAUCGUUCAAUGGCCAUUAUUGAGGCUCAGAGGCCACAAAGUGCAUCUGAGGUGAGAAGCUUUUUAGGCAUUGUCAACUUUAGUGCUCGCUAUAUUCCAAACUUGGCUACAUUGUCUGAACCCUUGAGACGACUUACCAAGUCCAGUGUAAAGUUUUUGUGGGGACAGGAACAGGAGGAUUGUUUUCGAGCAUUAAAGGAAAGCCUUGUGAACGCAGAUACAUUGGGACAUUUCCGAUUAGACGCAACAAAAACACAACUUGUGACUGACGCGAGUGAUGUAGGUUUAGGGGCUGUACUCGUUCAGGAAUCUGAAGGCGAGACCAAAGUUAUCAGCUAUGCUAGUCGUACACUGACUGAUGUUGAAAGAAGGUACUCAACCACAGAAAAGGAGGCCUUAGCAGUGGUUUGGGCAUGUGGAAAGUUCCACAUAUACCUGUAUGGCAUUGAUUUUGAGCUGGUGACAGACCACAAACCAUUGGAAAUACUGUAUGGUCCAAAAUCCAAACCUAACGCGCGUAUUGAACGGUGGGUUAUGAGACUGAUGCCCUACAAUUUUCGUAUUAGGUAUCAACCUGGUAAACAGAACAUUGCUGACGCAUUGUCGCGACUUGUGAAAAGGAAACACAGUGGUGUAACAGAUCUACAAACAGAAACAGAGCAUUAUGUCAGAGCUGUGGCAGAGAGAAGCACUCCAAAAGCAAUGACAACUCGUGAGGUGGAGGAAAAAUCCAAGUCUGAUCCCGAGCUAACACUGGUGAGAAAGGCUUUAUCUGCAGACCAGUGGGAAAAGGAAUGUGUAAAGUAUUAUGCGGUAAAAGAUGAACUGUCCCAGAUAGGGUACCUGCUGUUACGUGGAACACGAUUGGUUAUUCCAGCAGUGUUACGAACAGAAUGUAUUAAAUUAGCUCACCAGGGACACCUUGGUAUUGUCGCUACAAAGCAACAGCUACGAACUAAAGUGUGGUGGCCAACUUUAGAUAAGGACGUAGAGGCUUAUGUCAAGUCAUGUCAUGGCUGUCAAGUGGUAAGUUCAUUGCCACGGCCCGAGCCCAUAUCGCCGACCCCUAUGCCAUCAGGACCAUGGCAGGAUCUCUCGAUAGACCUGCUAGGACCUUUACCGUCAGGACACUACGUGUUUGUUGUAAUAGACUAUUACAGCAGAUAUUAUGAAGUGGACAUUACAAAGGAUAUAUCUAGUGAAAGGAUGAUUGAUGCACUUGAGAACAUGUUUGCACGUUAUGGACUUCCGGUAUCGAUUACAUCAGAUAACGGUCCUCAGUUUGUGUCGGCCUUGUUCGAGGAAUUUCUAUGUGAUAAUGGAAUUCAUCACAGACGUGUUACUCCGCUCCACCCAGCAGCAAAUGGAGAGGUGGAACGACAGAACAGAUCUAUCAUGAAACGAAUACGUAUUGCUCAUGCUGAAUCAGGUGACUGGAAGAAAGAUUUGAGAACUUAUCUUUUGGCAUACAGGGGCACGCCCCAUGCUGUAACAGGUGUUUCUCCAGCAGAGUUAAUGUUUGGGCGUAAAUUGAGGAAUAAAGUACCUCAACUUGAUGUUCAUCGGAAUGAAACCAUCGAAGAAGGAGUUCGUGAUAGAGACUGGUUUGCAAAAGUCAAAAACAAACUUUACAUUGAUGAAAAACGUGGUGCAAAAGAAUCAGAUCUAGUUGAAGGAGAUCAGGUGUUAGUUAAACAGUCGAGGAACAAUAAGCUAAGUUCUCCAUUCAACCCAACUCCGUUUAAACUCCAAAGGAAAGUUGGAAAUCAGUGUACUCUUGCUUCUCCUGAGGGAGUUGAGUAUAAGCGUAAUGUUGUGUAA